UUUGUCCGUCUUGUCCAGUCUUGUCGACACCAGUCGAUACGGUCGAUGUUGUGUAGCUACGUUCGUAGAAUGGCGUUAUGUAAUGGACAGUUCUGUAAAACACUUUUUCGAGUUUCUCAAAGUCUCCCCGUAGUAUGUACACGAUCGUUUCAUCCGUCAUCCGCUGCUCCGGCCAUUCAAGCACCAGUAUCAAAGCCAGAGGGCCGCACAAAGUGUACAUUGAUUCCUGGAGAUGGUGUUGGACCUGAACUGGUGUAUUCUGUUCAAGAAGUAUUCAAGGCUGCUGGUGUGCCAGUGGACUUUGAAACAUUUUUCUUCUCAGAAGUCCAUCACACAAUGAGUGCUCCACUGGAAGAUGUAGCUAAAUCCAUUGCUACCAAUGGUAUUUGUCUUAAGGGUAUCCUUGCCACUCCUGAUUACAGUCAUUCAGGAGAAUUGGCAUCACUGAACAUGAAGCUGAGGCGUGCAUUAGACCUUUAUGCCAAUGUAGUGCAUGUGAAGAGUUUACCUGGUGUGAAAUGUCGUCAUCAGAAUGUGGAUGCUGUUAUUAUACGUGAGCAGACAGAAGGGGAGUAUUCUGCUCUAGAACAUGAAUGUGUUAAGGGUGUUGUAGAAUGUUUGAAGAUUGUGACAAAAGCCAAAUCAGAGCGCAUAGCGAAGUUUGCCUUUGAUUAUGCAACAAAGAACAAACGUAAGAAGGUGACAGCAGUCCACAAAGCAAACAUCAUGAAAUUGGGCGAUGGACUCUUCCUGAAGAGCUGUCAAGAGAUGGCAAAACUCUAUCCUAGGAUUGAAUUUGAAACAAUGAUUGUGGAUAACUGCACCAUGCAAAUGGUUUCCAAUCCACGUCAGUUUGACGUGAUGGUAACACCUAAUUUGUAUGGCAACAUUGUGGACAACUUGGCAUCUGGUUUGGUUGGAGGAGCUGGUGUUGUUGCAGGAGCCAGUUACAGUGCGGAAUGUGUCGUCUUUGAACCUGGUGCAAGGCAUACAUACUCUGAAGCAGUAGGAAAGAAUGUAGCAAAUCCUACAGCAAUGCUUCUGUGUUCAGCAAAAAUGCUAAGCCACGUUAAUCUCCAGUAUUACUGUGACAUGAUACGCAAUGCUGUGAACAGGGUUCUCAAGGCAGGCAAGGUUAGAACAAAGGACUUGGGUGGGCAGUCAACCACAAAUGAAUAUACAUAUGCCAUUAUUAACAGUCUUCGUUAAUUGAAACAUCUGUAACACUUAGUAAUGAUAAUUAUUUGAGCAUAGAAAAGAGAAGCAUGCAUGGCCCAGUCAUGCUGAAUUUGUAUAGCCCAAGAUUAUUUUAGAUGUGUUGCCUGCAUUUUAGUACUGAAAAUCAUUUGAAGUUCUUAUUCAGAAUAUCAGGAGAUACUUGGUGUCUGUAACACCCACCAAACGUGUUGUACAGUGUAAUGAAGAAGAGCACAAUUUCUGGAUUCACUACUAAACUGUAGUUUUCAUAGCAGAUGUAAUUGUAAAUAUGAUGUUACUGAAUAAGAAAGUUAUUUAUAUUCAGCUCCAUAACUGUUGUUUGUUACUAACACUGUGUAAUUUAUUCUUGAAAUAUAAAGCAUUGAGAGGUGGUUUAUAAACAGUAGAAGAA